AUCCCAUGUGACGUGAUCGCGGCAGACCCCACACUGCACUUGUUCAACACGAGCACAAAUACCUGUGUUUGUAAACCAGCUUCAAACCGAAUCAUAAAAUAGUGGUAGGCAGAAAAAUUGUGAUUUACCUGCACAACAAGAGGAAACACUGAGCCACAACUACUUCGAGCGAGUUAAAAAUCGACAGUUUUGAACAGAAUACAAACUGAAGAAUAACAUUCUGCAAAUGUGUACACUCUAACAAUUGGAGGAUAUUUAAAGAUGGGGCACGUGACCACAUUCUACCUUUUGUCUCUUUUGUUCAUGUCUGCAGCAUGUGUACAUGGGGAACAAAGUACAUGUGCAUUUACUUCAUACAAAAAUUGCACUCUGAAGAUAACAUGCAAAAUCCAAGGAGCUUUAGCCGCAGAAGGAAGAUCAUUUAGACUGAUCAACAACGUAGUCGGGAAAAAAGAAACUCUCGCUGUGUUAGGCUAUGUUGGAUUUUACAUCUGUGAUCCAGCAAAAGGUUAUAAAUGUGAUAAAGAAGACGACGACACCUUCUUUGUCACCACUCCCUGUAUACCCUGGGAGAACAUUACACUUUCCGCCGACGGAGAAGUACCAGUCCCUUGUACAUUGACAAGUCAAAGCAGACCAUCUGAAUCGGAUCCCGAAACCCUCGAGAAAGAUGACUGUGAAAAUGAGGAAACAGUAAUCACUGGCAAUACCAACAAGCAUAUCAACAAAAGAAGUGUUGGUGCGAAGUGUCAUCCGAGCUCGUCUUCCAAAGAUUAUUUUAAAAGCGAGGAAGACAUGACUAGCCAAAUAAUUGGGAUAAGUCUUGGAAUUGGUAUCACUAUUAUUGCUACUGCUAUUGGUUUGAUUUUCUUCAGGAUGUGGAAACAAAGAAAUACUGGAACGUUCACUGGAGGUGCUUCUAAGACUAAAGCUGCCACAAAACAAAGAUGAAGAAACUGGCUUUCUGUCCGUGAGGACCGUAAGUCUUAGUCUUAGUAAUAUGUUGAACAUGGAUAUUAGCAUCAUAUCGACAAUACAGAGCUACCACUGUAAUACAAUAUACAGUACUCAGACGCAUUAUGGUAUUUAACUGAGUAGAGAUCGAAAGUUACUGAUGGAGCAUAGAUUUCUUCAUUUUUUUAGCAAACAAUAAUAAUGAGUUUUGUACAUAAAUGCGGUUUCGCAUUUUUUUAUUUUAUUCGGAACAGUUCUAAACUUUAGUUGCUGUAGCCACGUGACUAUGACCUAUAAUCUCAAUCUUUAAUCUCAAGACAAAAUAUAAUAUCUGCAUAAUUAAGACACUUUUUAAAACAAUCUGUUGAUCGGCCUUGUCUUUUACGGAAAUAUUUGACUUGUCUGGACAUUAGCUUGCAUGUGUUUUUGCUCCAUACUGGUAAAUUCUUAUAAUAUUGAUAGAAAAAAGACAGAUACAUACAUCUUUAAUGACAUGAAUGUUUGAUAGAGCGUGUUUGACGGUUUCACCAUAUUCUCUUUUCCUUCACAGGAAACAGCAGAAAAGGCAGAAGAGUAAGGGGGCUGUUUACAUCAGCAACAAUGUUGACGUGGUCAUUGUAUCAGAUGGAGACGUCUCGAACAUCACCCGUUGACUUGUCAGCUGUGUAAAUGGCCCCCCUACCUCCGCCCACUGCUGAGGUCCUCAUGGCCACCUGCAGGAUCCAAGGCCAUGAACAUCCCGCUUUCCAGCGGGUUUUUGAAAAAGCACUAUUUUAAAAUGUGCUUUUUCUUUUUUUCCAACAAGCAUGUUGGAACAGACAUUUUCUCUAGAGAGCGUUAGACCUACUACUAAACCUAUCUUAACAAACUUACUAUCCAUGGAAGUUAAAAAUGUUAUAAGCAGAGUUAAACAUUUUCCAUUUAAAUUUGCUGCGCGUGCGUCCGUUUAUUAGACUUAUAAAAACGAUUUCAUAAAGGUAAAAUAUAUGUCAUUGUGUCAUUUAUUAGUUACAUAUAUACUGGCGUACAUCCCUCAGCCAACCAGAAGAGUACUGUGUCUUUAUAAUGGACAAGGGAUAUCCCUUUAUUUAUAAUUAUAAUAAAGAACCUAAUUGCUUGAGACUUGAGACUACAUACUUUGCAAGAGUGAGUGAAUUGAUGUAAGUGUUGGGGUGGUAGGGGUGUCUGUAUGUGAUAGGAUGAAACAAACAUGAAUUGACUAAGCUCUAGGAUCUCUGACAUACUGAGAUAUAUAUUAGCUGAGACCUUUUUGUGGUGUUUGUGGUGUUUAAUUAUCGUCUCUGUUCCUUGCCUACACAUUUAGAAUAUUAUACAACUUGGUCUGUGACAAUUGUUGUAAAUUAAAUUACAGAGGAUCUCCUAAACAGUUUGUGCUGAAACUUCCCUUUACCCUACUUAUAAUGUCAUGCGCUGUUUUAAAAAAAAAUGAAUAAAAUGCCACUUAGUUUACUC